CAAAUCCCGAGUGAAAGUCGAGUUGGAUUAAAAUCGAAGAAGAAUUGACACUGACAAAUGUAUGUUGACAUUCAGUUACAAAUAAACAAAAAAUGGCGACAUAUAAUAGAAACACUUUGCCACAAUCCGAUUUAUUACACUGUUAUUUAACUGUGAACGUGAAUAAUAUUUGCAGAAUAUGUCUGGAAAAGGGGCCAAAACUCAUGCCCAUUUUCGAUCCAAUCAAACCCCCUCAUUUCUCAAUUUUGAUCAUGGCAUGUGCAGCUGUCCAGGUUCUACAAGGUGACGGCUUACCCCCAUACAUUUGCCAAAAAUGUAUAUCGAAGCUAAAUAUUGCAUUUCAAUUUAAAACACAAUGCGAAAGCUCAGAUGCAAAACUACGACAGUGCUUCGACAACUUUCACCAUUUGCCUUCUACACCUGACCUAACGGGCUUUGUAGAACUCAAGAAGGACUUCUCUCAAAACACGUUCACUGAAAACAAUGAUGGUGGAACAAAUAUAAUACUAGACAAGCCCCAAGAAGGGAUUCGUUUGGAAGGAGUGAAUACAGCUGAUUUGAACUCUACAGAACAAGAAAUUCUGCAAAGCAUGCAAACAGAUGCCGGGUCAUCGUUAUACGAUUUUAGUAGAAAUAGUUUGAUGGAUUUGAAAUCGGAGAUGGCUGACAGUAAAUCUCAGGAUUUGAAGGAACUGAAGUUGGAAGACAUGAUUCUGAUUGGUACAGAUGACACUAAGAAAAAAUUCAAACGGCAUCAGUGUGAUACCUGCAACAAAAUAUUUCGAACCAAACCAGGCCUCGUCCAUCAUAUCCGUAUUCAUACAGGAGAACGUCCUUAUGUUUGCCAUCUUUGCGAAAAAAGGUUCAUAAACGGAGGUCACCUCCACACUCACAUGCGCACACAUACCGGCGAGAAAAACCACGUGUGCGCAGCUUGUAGCAAAGCUUUCGCAACCGCUCAACAGCUGACGAAGCAUACCAUUGCCAUCCACACAUCGGAAAGGCCCUACGGUUGUACGUAUUGCCCUAAGAGGUUCGCCAGCUCGAGUAAUCUGAACACCCACACCAAAAUACAUACGGGAGAGAAGAAUUACCACUGCGACCAGUGCGGAAAAGCGUUUUCCACUAAGGGGCAGCUGUACCAGCACAUGCUGGUACAUACCGGGGUGAAGGCUUACCUUUGCGAGUACUGUAAUAAGAGGUUUUCGCAGAAGGCCCAUCUUGUGAGGCACCUCAAAACGCAUCGGGCGGCUUCCUAGUGAGGUGUUGGUGUGAGGAUGUUUUAUUUAAGUUAAUUUAUUUGAUAUGUUUUAUAUUUACUUGAUGACUUUUUGUGUCUAAAUAAAUUACAUUGUUUUAAGAUGG